CGGGGGCGGAGCCUCCUCUCCGGCCAGCGUCACCGGGCAGGGGAGUCGCCGGGAGCGGAAGGCGCGCGCUGGGCCGGGCGGGGGCGUCCCGGGACCCCCUCCCCUUCGGCAGAGCCUCCUCGGGGGGGCUCGCCCCUCCCUCUCCCCUCUUUCCCCCGGGCGGGCGGGGCGGCCAUGGAGGCGGCGGCGGCGAAGGCGCUGUGCCUGGUGGGGACGCUGGCGCUGAUGCUGGCGGGCGCCCUGUUGCCGGUGAAGGUGCUGGAGGGGGACCCCGAGCGAGCGCAGCGCUCCCGGCGGACCCUCGGCCUCUGCAACGCCCUGGGCGGCGGCGUCUUCCUGGCCACCUGCUUCAACGCGCUGCUCCCCGCCGUGCGCGAGAAGCUCCAGGAGGUUUUGAAACUUGGGAACGUGACCACAGACUACCCUCUGGCCGAGACCAUCAUGAUGGUGGGCUUCUUCAUGACCGUGUUUGUGGAGCAGGUGGUCUUGACCUUCCGGAAGGAGAAGCCGUCCUUCAUUGACCUGGAGACCUUCAACGCCGGCUCGGACGUGGGCAGUGACUCCGAGUACGAGAGCCCCUUCAUCGAGCCUUCCUGGGGCCACGGCCACCGGCCCGACCACCGCGGCCGCCACAGCCACGGGCUGGCCGUCUGCGAGCUCUCGCGCUCCAGCCCCCUGCGGCUCUUCAGCCUGGUCUUUGCCUUGUCCGCCCACUCCGUUUUCGAAGGGCUGGCCCUGGGCCUGCAGGAGGAGGGCGACAGGGUCCUGAGCCUCUUCCUGGGCGUGGCCAUCCACGAGACGCUUGUGGCCGUGGCCCUGGGGGUCAACAUGGCCAAAGCUGGGCUGAGGAUCAAGGAGGCGUCCAAGCUGGCUGCCGCCGUCAGCCUGAUGAUCCCCCUGGGCAUCGGCAUUGGCAUGGGCAUCGAGAGCGCCCAAAACGUGGCCAGCAGCGUGGCCUCGGUGAUCCUGCAGGGGAUGGCCGGGGGCACCUUCCUUUUCGUCACCUUCUUUGAGAUCCUGGCCAAGGAGCUGGAGGACAAGAGCGACCGGCUGCUCAAAGUGCUCUUCCUGGUCCUGGGUUACGCGGUCCUGGCAGGGCUGGUGUUCUUCAAGUGGUGAGGGGCUUCCGUUCUGUUGGGGAUGGGUCAGGACCCUCCCACGCAGGGCAGGAGGAGAGCCGGACGGCGGUGGCACCCAGAGGCCCUCUGCCCCGAGGGCUGGGCUCUUCCCCAGCCACUUCCUCACACCAUCCAUGGGCGGGAGGGGGGACGAGGGGGGGCUGGGACAGUUGGGAAGGCGGUGUCCUUUUCAGCCAGGCUAGCCCCCAGGAGACGGAAGACAAGCGGGCACUGCACCUGGCGGACCCACCUUGCCCUCAGGCGCAAGCAGUGGAUUGGGGGGAGGCUCCCAGGCUCUGCCCUGUAACUGAAGGAUAGGUCAGGUCUCCUGCCCCCACCCCACGUCUCUCCUCUUCUCUCGGGGGAGCCUCUGUCUUGACUGUCCUUUUGGGAGCCUAGGCGCUGCCGGUUCUUUCCUGAAAGUUGCUCUCCUCCCACCAGGAGGUUAUUUUACGCCUGGAGAUGUCCAGGCUUCGGCCACCUGCUGGGGGUUUUCUUGUGUUUUUGGUCUGGACCAGCCCUGGGAAUCCAGAGAGGGGCUGUGCGUCUUGCCGCCCCCCCAGGCCAGGUGUCCAAGCAGAGGCCCUGCCCUUCGGCACCGGCUGCUUCUUGGCUGAACCGCGACGGUCUCGGGUCUUCCAAGGGGGCCCUCAGCUCCGGAACGGCUGUCUGCUAAUCCACUCCAGGACUCUUUUCUUUUAUGCCCCUUGAAGUUCCUCCUCUGACGCUUGGGUGAAUGUGAGAUUGAGAGAGUCUUCUCCACUGGGCCGGAUCCGAGCAACGUGCUUGAGAAGCAAAGAUUUCCAGGUGCAUCCGGGCAGCUUUGCGGUCUUCGGGAUGUGGCAGGGCUGAAAUACCUGCCGGCAGAGUGGUUGCUCCCCGCCCCAGGCCCAUCGGCAGCAGAGCCCUCAAGAACCGCCUGCCUCGAUGGGUCCAUCUCCUCCGCGGGCAGACAGCCAAGGCCAGGCGGGUCCCCUCAGGGUGGCAGCUUCUGCUGGCAGAAAGUUGGCCCUGCUGCCUUCUCUGUCAAGCAAGGCAAGGCAGAACGGGUGCCUGGCCUGCCUCUCCUGCUUCCCCAGCGAAGAGGCACUCCUGACGCCUGCGGGGGCUUCAGCUCAGGGACCUCCUGUCCUGCCCCACCCCAGCCACUGUCACCCCAAGGACGGGCCUCCCUCCCCCCCUCGGGCUCCAGAGAGCGGGUCCCAUCCUGAUCAAGGCAGAGUUGGGCCUUCUGCCCGGCAGACGGAGGGUCCCUGCACCAGGAGGUUGUAUGAGCGUGGGGGGAGGGGGCGAUGGAGGACCACCCAUCACUCUCCUGCCGAUCGUUUGGCUGAGAGGAGGCAGUGGGGGGGGAGGCAGCUGGGACCCAAAAUAGCACUGCUGGCCGGCUGGGAACAAGCGGGCAUCUUCCUCCCCAAUUGUGGCAUCAGCCUGGCUGCCGGCAAGGCUUCCUAGGAGAAGCGGUCUGCUUGUGGGCUUGUGUGCGCGCACGCAUUAUUUAUUGCAUUCCUGCUCUGGGACAGGAUCAGACCCAUCUCGGUGGGUUGUUUUGUUACCCUUACGUUAACCUCCCUUGUGCUAAGAUAGCCAGCCUUUGCGGGCUGAAAUAAACCUCCUUUAUUGCCCCUUU